AUGGCUUCCCCAAACCUUGGCCAGAUGCUGCUACAACGGAUCUGCAAUCAUCUGCUCAUGUCUCACACGCCUGAACGGCGCUCUAUCCUGCUUGUAAAUUGUCGCAGCAUAAAGAACAAAGUCGAUAACUUCAUGUCUUUAGUAGCCACUGUUACACCUCAGAUUGUGAUGGGCACCGAAUCAUGGUUAGACAAGGAUAUACCUGAUGCAGAAAUCUUUCCGCCUAGUUUUACUGUCUAUCGGAAAGAUAGGCGUGGACAUGGCGGGGGAGUAUUCCUUUUGAUAUCAAAUGCAUUGUCAAGUACACAAAUUUUAUUUGAAAACGAUUCUGAGUCUGUCUGGUGCCUUGUGAAAUUGCCUAACGGAAACAAUGUAGUCUACGGGACUUUCUACCGCCCCCCCCCCGGCAGCAGCGACUCAUUCGGAUUGCCGUCUGAGAUGCCAUCUCUCCUGCCUAAUAGCGUAUUUCUAGGGGGGGGGGGGGAUUUCAAUUUGCCAGACUUCAACUGGAAUGCCGGAUGUGUGGCUGGCAAUAGGUCCCGUAUUUUCACAGAGUUCGAAGAACUUCUCGGAUUAAAUGGAUUGCAGCAGUACGUACUGGAACCUACGCGAGAAAAUGCAAUUCUAGACUUAGUACUUUGCAAUGAGCCGAACAUAAUAUCAAAAGUUACUGGGUGCGAGCUGUCGAGCUUCUUUGGCGUACUGGAAAUAGGCGGUGACCUAGACUUUCUCUUCGUCGGUGGCAUGCGGCAGCAUGGCCUCUAG